AAAACAUUUUAAGAGAUUCCAUUUUGGUUCAAAAUAAGCGUGUGAAACUGAUUUCUGCUUGCUAAUUUUAGUUCGGAAUGCAGGGUGCCUCUCCUCCCUUCCAUUCGUUGUCAACUGUUAGAUCCCCAGCUUCUCAGCCAUAGAAACUAGUCAAAUUGAUAAAACAAAAAUGUGCCCAAAUAUAUCCUAAAAAUUGCGUUGUUUUUGGAACAUUUGUUUCCUGUAUAUGAGUGGGAAGCCAUAAAACACCAUACUUUUGGGCGCUUGGCAUGAGUUUGGGAAGAGAAAUCAUAGAAUAGUAGAAAGCAGUGUUUUAAUUUUGAUCAAAAGAUCAGAGAAAAAACGGGUAAUGGAAGGAUUGGAUGGUUUGAUAGAGAGGCUUCUGGAAGCGAGAAAGACGAGAGGCAAACGAAUUCAACUGGUAGAGUCCGAAAUUCGCAGCCUCUGCACCAUGGCUAAAGAAAUCUUCCUCGGCCAGCCAAACCUACUGGAAUUGGAGGCUCCAAUCAAUGUUUGCGGAGACAUACACGGUCAAUACCCGGACCUGCUGCGAGUGUUUGAGUACGGAGGGUUUCCGCCGGAUUCGAAUUACCUAUUCCUAGGGGACUACGUGGACAGAGGAAAACAGAGCGUGGAAACAAUAAGCCUGCUGCUUGCUUACAAGAUAAAGUUCCCAGAAAACUUUUUCCUACUCCGAGGAAACCACGAGUGCGCCUCCAUCAACAGAAUCUACGGUUUCUACGACGAGUGCAAGCGCAGAUACAGCGUUCGUCUCUGGAAGAUAUUCACGGACUGCUUCAACUGCUUGCCCGUGUCAGCGGUCAUCGAUGACAAAAUCCUCUGCAUGCACGGUGGGCUUUCCCCUGACAUGGAGAGCCUGAAUCAGAUCAAGGCCAUAGAGAGGCCCAUCGACGUGCCGGACCAGGGCCUCUUGUGCGACCUCCUUUGGGCCGAUCCGGACGCCGAGAUCAGAGGCUGGGGCGAGAACGACAGGGGUGUCUCCUACACUUUUGGGGCCGACAAGGUGGCCGAGUUCUUGAAGAAACACGAUCUCGACCUCAUUUGCAGGGCCCACCAGGUCGUCGAAGAUGGCUACCAAUUCUUCGCCGACCGCCAGCUAGUUACGAUCUUCUCAGCGCCCAACUAUUGCGGAGAGUUCAACAACGCCGGUGCCCUCAUGUGCGUCGACGAAACUUUGCUCUGUUCCUUUCAGAUUAUCAAACCCUUGAGAGCCAAACCCACAUAAAUAAAUAUAAUAUCUUCAUUUCUUCCAACCUUGUAAAUUUUCCCCAUUACCUCCAAAUCUGUAUAUAUAUCCCUACUCCUAUCCCUAUCUGCGCACAACACAACUAAUCUUCCUUAUAUAUACAUUUCAUUUGUGGAGGACGACGUCGUUAUUGUUCUUUUGUAUAGAGAAUUUUCAUAUACUUAUGAUUAUGAAACAUUUAACUAUUUGUUUGCCUAAUACUAGUUAACUAUAGUGGGCUACUAUCAACCUAUGGAUUAAAAAUAUCGCUUAUUUUGCUAAUGGGGAACCACUUCAACCUAUAAACAGCCACCAGCUUGUUCUGCUAUAUUACCACCAUAUCAUUAUAUAAU